AGCAAUGGCUCUGGAGUUGCACGUCCGCAUGCUGGGCAAGAUAAAGAAAGGAGGAGCAAUGGCAACCCUGGUGAUGAAGAUGUUGUGAUGGUGAAUGAUUCACCAACAACAGAGGCAACCUGGAAAGGACUUCUAAACAAUGACAUCUAUCAUAUCUGGAAUCAUGGCCCAAAGAUUGGUGGGGGCUUUGAUUGCCGGUAUUGCCGCCUAAAGAGUAGAGGAGGUGCAACCCGCUUUAGGGAGCACCUUGCUGGUAUACCAGGUGAUGUCGGGGAGUGCCCAAAUGUUCCAAGGAAUGUUCGUGCUGCAAUGAGGGAGUCCCGGGAUGUGACAAUGCUGAGGUCUGCCCGGCUUAGGAAAGUCAAGAAGGUCAAGAACGUCAGCAGCCUCUACAAAUAAGAUAGGUUAAGAAGCCUGGGAGCAAAGCUAUGUUGCUGUUUCAUGCAAGAUGCGUGUGAGUUCAUAUUCUCGUUUUGGGACGAGUUGAAGAAUGUUUUGGG